UCAUUAUUUGAUUUCUAUUUUAAAUUUAAAGGAUUUGUUUCUCCUAACUUUUAAUUUAACUCCCGAACUAAAUAGUUCCUCUUAACUAACUAUAAACUAAACUAAAUUGCUUUAAUUGAAAAAUUGGCGAAGAAUGUCCGGUCACAAUCAUCCUCAUGGUCAGCAUUGUGGCUGUUCUUGUGAGCACACAGAGGAAGAUGAAACCCAGGAUAGGGGAAAUUUGUACAGCCUCUACUCAAAAAUUGACAUCUACAAAGUUCAGUGCCUGAACGAGGCCGUCGACGAGUCCGGCAGACUGGUUUUCAAGGCUUGGCACGAGAGGACAGACAGGUCCAAGUUUGUUGAAAGUGAUGUCGACCAAGAGUUAUUAUUCAACAUACCGUUCACAGGCUGCAUCAGACUGAAAGGGAUGAUUGUCAUUGGAGGGGAAGAAGGCCAGCAUCCCAAAUCAGUUAAGCUGUUUAAAAAUCGUCCAAGUAUGACAUUUGAUGAUGGUCUUGGCGAGGCUGACCAGGAGUUCGAACUGGUCAAGGAUUACGAUGGAAGUGCUGAAUACGAAAUCAGAGCCACACGUUUCAGUUCAAUCAGCCAUCUCAGUAUUUACUUUCCAACAAAUUUUGGAGCGGAAACAACGAAAAUUUACUACAUUGGUCUCAAGGGCGAUUUCACAGAGUUUCGUCGCCAGGAAAUCACCUUAGCAACGUACGAAGCCAGGGCCAACCCAGCCGACCACCACAAGAUCAACCACCUUGAUGAUGUUCCCAAGGCCAUCCGAUAACAAUCUCACACCCUCUCAUACCCCGUCAUAUCCCCCAUACCUUCAUAUUCUUUCCAAUACCUUCAUUUUUUCAUUGUAAUGCGAUUUUGUUAUAUCAUUAAUUUAGGAAUAUUUGUAAUUGUUUAAAAAUUGAUGAUAUCUUUCUGAAAUUUUCUUAUGGCUGUAAAUGACAGACUAAUUUCUCCUGUUAAAGUUGUUUCGUUUUUAACUUUUUGAAAUUUUGCCUUAAAGUGUUGUUUGUAAGUUGAAUGCAAGUUUCAAACGUUAUUAAAGUUAUACCAACCAACCAAUCAAUGAACAAUUA